AGGCAAACCUAUUUCUGAACACUAGAGAGCGACAUCCAAAUUUGUGGAACAUUGAGAGAUGUUCUUUGAAUAUUCUUUGUUUAUUUACAACCAGCCUGUUUGGAUUUUCUCCGAGCAAAAUUAUCAGGCGAUAUCAGGCCAAGAAAUCACUUUUUGUGCUCUUUGUCAAAAUGGGAUGUGAUGGUGGAACUAUUCCUAAAAGGCAUGAGUUGGUGAAAGGCCCAAAGAAAGUUGAGAAGGUUGACAAAAAUGCAGCGCUUGCUGCUCGGUGGAAGUAUUGUGCUCUCAGUACGGAGAAACUCCGGCGCCCAAUUGUUACUUGUGAUCUGGGAAGACUUUACAACAAAGAUGCCGUGAUUGAGUUCCUUCUGGAUAAAUCCGCAGAUAGACCCAACAGCGAGGUUGUAUCACACCUUCGUGGCAUUAAGGAUAUAAAGGAGCUGAACCUGACUGACAACCCAGCCUGGGAAGGCGAGAGGAGGAACACCAAAGGGGACCGCUACGAGGACAUGCACUGUGCCAUGUUCAUCUGUCCUGUGGUGGGCCUGGAGAUGAAUGGCAAACAUAGGUUCUGUUUUCUGCGUACCUGUGGUUGUGUGUUUUCCGACCGGGCCCUGAAGGAAGUCAAGACUGAGAUAUGUCACAAGUGUGGCGACCCGUUCAAAGAAGACGACCUCGUCGUCCUCAACGGGACCAAGGAGGAGGUGGAGAAACUGAGGAAGAUAAUGGAGGAGAAGAGAGCCAAGGCCAAGGCAACAAAGAAAUCAAAGAAGAGCAAAUUUGCUGAGGCUGUUUCCAAGCCAUCAGAGUCAAAAGAAAAUCCAGACUCCACCGAAACCGUUUUUGCAGAGGGCAAAACUUCAACAGAAAAUGACGAAGACCGCAGCCAGCCAGCAGUCCCUGGGCCCUCUGGUUCUUCCAGCUCCUCCAAGGUGGUCAAACCCUUGGCGGCAUCCGGAAGCUUGGCGGCAUCCGGAAGCUUGGCGGCAUCCGGAAGCUUGGCGGAAUCCGGGAGCAAGAGGUCCAUCCAGUCCAUGGAAGAGAAGUCAGAGACCUACAAAUCUCUUUUCACCAGCCACAGUUCAGCCAAGCGCACCAAAGCCCAGACGUCCAACUGGGUCACCCACACCCCCUACCACUUCUAAAUGACCCCACCAUCCCUUAUAUCACCCCCACCCCCCCCCCCCCCACACACACACACACACACCCCACCCCCCCACAACCAGGUGCCCCUGUGUAUUUGCAGUGAGAAACACUUUGAGGUAAUCCUUUAUUUGAAGAGUACCUAAAAAUUUAAAAUAAAGUAAUUUAUAAUCUAUACUUAAUGCAUUCAUGAGCACAUGCCCGUCUCAUAAAUGCUUAUGUCAACAACGGCAAGUUGAAAUAUGCAGUAUAAGUGCACAUUUCUGUGACAAAGGGAAUAUCAACUUGACACUGCUUAUGAAUGUGUUAUAUGUAGGUGAUGGAGCCCUUAUGGCGGUGUCAUUUUAAUAAAGUGUUACUGAAUUAGACAUGACUUUUUCUUGUAGGUAUCCUUGGCUCAGGCUGGUGAAUCAAUACAUGUGCUAUAGGUUAGGGUUGCUAAUUUUCCUCUUUUUUUCUAUGAAUUGGCUGUAUUAUAUGUUGGUCUUAUCUAGGUUAUCUAUCUAGUUGUUUUUUAUAGAUGUGGAUCACUAUGAUUCAUCUUUCGAUUACGGUUUGCUAUGCAAUAUAUUAUAAAAAUGUUUUUAAAUUAUAUUACAAGGAUUUAGUUUAUAGAAAGUGGAAUAGUGAGUGUUUAUUCAUAACAUCUUAUUGCUUAUGUAAGUAAACACUGUUUAUACUCAAUAUUGACAUUUCCUCCACAUAACUUGUCAGCAAUCAAAAUAUAGAUUGAUAUACACAUUUCAAUGUUCAUAUUUGAUUUUUAUUUAAACGGAUACCUUUUAAAUACUUUUUCCAGGCUUGUUUGUUCAACCCCCAACCAAACAAUGUCAAAAUAAAGUAUUUUUUCCCUAAAAA